CCUGUUCACUCCAAUCUUUGUUUAACUUUGAGACGGUAUCCCAGCACACUGUGUUGAUCCUCACAGAUCAGCUAUCAAAGAUGAACCGAAGAUGACAGCAGUGUUAGGAAUCAAAAAACUUCGCCAGAAAAACGAUUCAAUUUCAUCUGGGUUUGUGGUUGAUAUCGGAGAAUGAAAUGAUAGUCUGAAACUCCAAAUCUCCGAUGAGAUUUCACUGGAAAAGAUCAAGACUUCUUAAAUCUAGUUCUAGUGAUGUAGGUGAAGGUCGGUGGUGGAGUUCUAGGUGAAGGACAAGGGAGGAAAGGAGACGAAGAAAAAAACUUUGUUUGAAGCUCCCUCAAUCAACUAUUGAGCAAACCAUGGCUAACUGUCUCUCUUUCUCCAUCUCGGUAGAUCAAGCUGUUAGUCCAUGCUGGGACUGUGUUGCUGGACAAGCACGAUACAUUUGUAAGCUUGAACAAAAUCUUCAAGCUUUGGAGGCUGAGGCAAAAAGAUUGACAGAGCAAAGAGAUGACGUGUAUAGGAGGGUUCUUCUUGCGAAGGAGCAGCUCAUGGAGCCCCUUAAAAAGGUAGAAGGAUGGCUUGAAAGAGUGGAGAAAGAGAUAAAAGAAGUUGAGCAGAUAAUAGAAGAUUCUCCUGCACAAAUUAAUAAUUUGUGCCUUGGAGGUUACUUUUCCAAGAGCUGCUGUUCAAGCUACAAGUUUGGGAAAAAAGUAGUACAAAAGACUAGAGAUGUGGCUAAUCUAAGAACCGAAGGAGAUUUUCUUGACGUUGCUGAGAGGUGCCCAGCUGCUUCAGUAGUUGUAAGACCCAGCAGCAACAUCAUUGGCCUCUAUGGCAUGGGCGGAGUCGGGAAGACAACUCUCUUAAUUCAAAUCAACAAUGAGCUGCAACAGAGAAGAAAUAAUUUUGAUAUUGUGAUUUGGACAACUGUAUCUAAAAAUCACACUGUCGAGAAAGUUCAAGAUGAGAUUGGAAGAAAGAUUGGUUAUGGUGAUGAAAUAUGGAAACAAAAAAGUUGUGAUGAAAAAGCUACUGACAUCCUUGCAGUGUUGAGUAAAAAGAAAUUUGUGUUGCUUUUGGAUGACAUGUGGGAACGAGUUGAUUUAGUUAAAGUUGGGAUACCUAUUCCAGGACAGGGAAAUGGUUCCAAGCUUAUCUUUACUACUCGUUCUCUUGAUGUGUGUGGUCAAAUGGAAGCUCAUAAGAAGAUUAUGGUAGACUGUUUGGCGCCAGAGAAAGCCUGGGAAUUGUUCCAAAUAAAAGUUGGAGAAGAAACCUUUGAUAGCCACCCACAAAUCUGUGGACUAGCAAAGGCAGUGGCAGAAGAGUGCAAGGGUCUGCCUCUUGCCCUCAUCACCAUAGAUCGGGCUAUGUCAUCCAAGAAGACACCUGUACAAUGGGAAUAUGCAAGACGGGUUCUAAGGAGGUCAGUUGCUAAUCAUGAACUUCCAGGUAUGAGGAAAGAGGUGUAUCCACUUUUGAAAUUCAGUUAUGACAGUUUGCCUGAUGACAAGCUUAAAUCAUGCUUCUUAUAUUGCGCCUUGUUUCCAGAAGAUUUUCUGAUAAGAAAAUGUGAGCUCAUAGACUAUUGGAUUGCAGAAGGAUUUCUAGAUGAGUAUGACAGUAUUUGUGAUCGGAAUGAAGGCCAUGACAUAAUUUGUACUCUUCUUGGCUUAUGUUUAUUAGAAGAAGUUGAUGAUGACGAGGUGAAGAUGCAUGAUGUGAUUCGUGACAUGGCUUUGUGGAUAGCAAGUGAAAUUGAAAAGGAAAAAUAUAUAGUGGAAACUAGUGCCCAAUUAACUGAAGCACCAGAGAUUGAAAACUGGGGGUUGAUAAAAAGAUUGUCAUUGAUGAACAAUAAGAUUCAGAGUCUAAGAGGAACACCUGAUUGUCCUGAUCUCCUAACCUUAUUUCUUGAAAAUAAUGAUUUGCAAUCAAUGAGGUUAGGCAAGGACUUUUUCCAAAAUAUGGUCAGUCUAACAGUUUUGAACUUGUCAAACAAUCAGGAUUUAACAGAAUUACCAGUGGGGAUUUCAAAUUUAGUUUCCUUGCAGUGUCUCGAUAUCAGUCGUACUUGUAUAAGAGAGUUGCCGAUGGAGUUGAGUAGCUUAUCAAAGUUGAAAUGUUUGAACUUGGAGAGAACCGUGUGUCUUGAGACAAUCCCUGAAAAACUAAUUUGUGGUUUUUCAAGGCUGCAAGUGUUGCGGAUGUUGGAAGCUGGUGGUUGGCCCGGUGGAGCGAUAAAUGGGAAUGUCAGCUUCAGCAGAUUUGAGUGCUUGGAGUGCUUGAAAUAUUUGAAUGCCUUAACAAUAACUAUAUGUAGUGACUCUGCUCUUGAAGGUUUCUUAAGCUCUCACCGCUUACAGGGUUGUACAGAAGGAUUAUACAUUCAUCAACUGGAGGAUGACUUCUUGUUUUCGCAGAAAACUUUAUGUUUGCCACCUAUGAAGCGACUUCAAUAUCUGUCAUUGGAAUUCACAAGUAUGGAAGAAGUGAAGAUCCAGUGGGAAGAGGAAGGAAGAAAGAUACAGACACCAUAUGUCUUUCAAACCUCUCUGAUUGCAAGCGAAAGAAGCUUCUACAACUUGUGGACGGUCGACAUACAGUACUGCCCAAAUUUAAGGGACAUUACAUGGAUCAUUUGGGCUCCAAAUCUGAGAAAUCUCACUGUUUAUGGCUGCCAUAGAAUGGAAGAAAUAAUUGGUGAGGGUAGAGUUGCAGCGAUGACCGGAGAUCUUAUCUUGUUUGAGAAACUCCAAAAUCUGAGUUUAUCUUCUCUACCAGAAUUGAAGAGUAUCCACAGGUUUGCACUUUCCUUCCCAUGUUUGGUUGAAAUUAGAGUGGGUGAUUGUCCAAAGCUGAGGAAAAUUCCACUUAGCUCCAACAGCGCAAAGGGGCGUAGAAUCAUCAUUAGAGGAGCGAAACAGUGGUGGAAUGAGCUAGAAUGGGAGGAUGAAUCCGCACGGGACACUUUUCGCUCGUCUUUCCUAAUUUGGUAAGAACCAGAAAUUGCGAAGAGAUAUUAAAAUUUGAUUCAACGGUUUUUUUUUUUUUUUCAGGCGAUGGAUCUUGUCUGGUUUGUGGGUUUGUGAUUGAUGAAUAAAAAAUAUAUAUAUAU